ACGUGAACAGUUUGGCUGAAAAGCACUUUUCUAAAAAAUCCCAGGCAACAGAGGCUACGGUAACAAUCCCAAGACUUCGAAGGAGUUGUUUAGUUUCUCAAUCGUUGAAAAAGGUUUCCCGGAUAACAUUCCUCAAUCUCUACUAACGAUGGAGACUGGGGUUGGCUUGCACCCAGGCUUGCACUUAGCUAUAUGUACCUGGCUUCUGAUCUCCGCUCAAAUUCUGAUAACUGCCAGGGCUGAGAUAACUUGCGCAUCGUGCCCUUCGCCGGUUAAACUAAACCGGGAGGAAUUACUGUUGGAAAAACGUGUGAGUUUAGAAGAGACGGGGACAACACUUCUAAAAGAGAUCCGCAAGCAAUCUGAACGAUCCAGAGAUCUUAACCACAAGACAAGGGUAGCUGAUGAAUCAGAGACAGCGGGUGCUGCCGGGGAUGGGAAGAAAUCUGCCAAGGAUGUAAGAGUGGAUGGAGUUGACAUGAAAGUAUCCACGGACGGUUCACCUCAGGUCAGUCAAAAAGCAGAAGUAUACAAAGGUGAAAUUGUUAAUGAGGGGGUCAAAUCAGGCAGUAUCCAGGCUAAGGAUACGUUUCAAAGGGUAAAGCGGAGUGGACCAGAACUCUCCGAAUUAAAUGAAAGAGCGAGAAGCAGUAGCGAGCUUCUGGAUGGAGAGCCGUCGGAUGAGAGGAAGAUCGCUGGUCCAUUGCUGGACGGAGAGAGACUAAGUAGGUCCGAAUUCAAGUGGAACAGGGAUGACGGUAAAGUGCAAAAUCCGAGACAAGAUGAACCGAAACUAAUCAGCACCACUUUCGCCUUGACGGGAGAUUCCGCUCACAACCAGGCAAUGGUAUUCUGGUCUGGCCACAACAGCAGUGUGAUUCUGAUCCUCACCAAGCUUUAUGAUUUUAACCUGGGGACUGUCACUGAAAGCUCUUUAUGGAGGUCAACAGACUAUGGAACCACUUAUGAGAAAUUGAACGACAAAGUGGGGCUAAAGAGAGUGCUGAGUUACCUGUAUGUCUGCCCAACCAACAAGAGGAAGAUAAUGGUGCUAAGCGACCCAGAGCUUGAAAGCAGUAUCCUGAUCAGUUCAGAUGAAGGUGCAAGCUAUCAGAAAUUCCGUAUGAACUUCUACAUUCUAAGCUUGCUGUUUCAUCCAACACAUGAAGACUGGGUUUUGGCCUACAGCCAUGACCAAAAGUUGUACAGCUCAAUGGAUUUUGGAAGAAAAUGGCAGCUUGUUCAUGAGCAUGUGACUCCAAACAGGUUUUACUGGUCGGUAAUGGGUCUGGACAAGGAGUCAGAUCUUGUGCACAUGGAGGUCCACACAGCUGACGGACGUGCCCAGUAUGUAACAUGCAGAGUUCAAGGAUGCUCAGAUUCAAGCAGAAAUUAUCCAUUCUCAGGAUACAUUGAUUCCAACUCCCUUGUGAUUCAGGAUAACUAUGUGUUCAUUCAGGUCACUACUGCAGGGCGAGCCAGCUACUAUGUAUCCUAUCAGAGAGAGCCAUUUAUGUGCAUCAAACUACCAAAGUAUUCCCUUCCGAAAGACAUGCACAUUAUCAGCACGGAUGAGAACCAAGUCUUCGCAGCUGUACAGGAGUGGAAUCAGAAUGAAACGUAUAACCUCUAUAUAUCAGAUACACGGGGGAUCUACUUCACUCUGGCCCUGGAGAAUGUAAAAACCAGCAAGGGCCUAGAAGGCAACAUCAUGAUUGACCUUUAUGAGGUAGCAGGGAUUAAAGGAAUGUUCAUAGCUAACAGAAAGCUCGAAAACCAAGUGAAGACCUAUAUCACUUACAACAAAGGGCGAGACUGGCGCUUGCUCCAGGCUCCUGCUACAGACCUUGCAGGCAAUGACAUCCAUUGCAUUUUGCCGUUCUGUUCCCUCCAUCUGCAUUUGCAUAUGCCAGAAAAUCCCUACACGUCUGGAAGCAUCUCCAGCAGGAGCUCAGCACCAGGAAUUAUAGUGGCAACUGGAAAUAUUGGCACUGAGCUUUCAUAUGGUAAUGUUGGGAUGUACAUAUCUUCAGAUGCUGGUAAUAACUGGAGACAGAUCUUUGAGGAAGAACACAGUAUUUGGUUUCUGGACAAAGGAGGAGCACUGCUUGCUGUUAAACAAACAACUGUGCCCAUUAGGAAUAUAUGGAUUAGCUUUGAUGAAGGAAAACAGUGGAGCAGGCACAGCUUCUCUUUGGUGCCUCUGUUUGUGGAUGGGGUUCUAGUGGAGCCUGGGAUAGAGAAUCAAAUAAUGACGUUUUUUGGACACUUCAGUCAUCGUUCUGAAUGGCAGCUUAUCAAAAUAGACUAUAAGUCCAUCUUUACCAGGAGAUGCACUGAGGGGGAUUAUCAGACAUGGCACCUGCACAAUCAGGGUGAGCCUUGUGUGAUGGGAGAGAAACAGAUCUACAUGAAGCGCAGACCAGGGAACCGCUGCAUGCUGGGAAAGGACUAUGCCAGAAUUCUGUCUGCCGAACCAUGCAUCUGCAGGGCCUCUGAUUUUGAAUGUGAUUACGGAUAUGAACGCCGUGGGGAUGGGAACUGCCUGCCAGCAUUUUGGUUUAACCCCUCAACAUUAUCCAGAAGCUGUAGCCAUGGGCAGAACUACCUCAAUAGCACUGGGUAUCGUAAAGUAGUGUCCAAUAACUGCACAAAGGGAGUGAAAGAAAUAUACACAGCCAGAAAACAACAGUGUCCUAACUUAGCUCCCAGAGGCCUCCAUAUUGACACCAGGGAAGGAAAGCUGACAGCCACCCUGGGCAGCAAUGUCACAUUUCUUGUGCAUCUCGAAGAGGGGGACUCUAUGAGAACAAAUAUCCAGCUGGAUUUUGGAGAUGGCACUGCUGUUUCAUACUCAAACCUCAGCUGGACGGAGGAUGGAAUCCGACAUGUUUACAGAACUGCUGGCAUAUUUCGAGUGACAGCACUGGCAGAAAAUAGCCUGGGAUUUGACAGUGCUACCAUGUACUUGCACAUCACUUGCCCAGUGGAGCACGUCCACCUCUUAGUUCCAUUUGUUACCAUAAAGAACAAGGAAGUCAACCUUACUGCCGUUGUCUGGCCAAGCCACUCCAGAACAAUAACCUACUUCUGGUGGUUCGCGAACAGCACAGAGCCAAUCAUAACUUUAGAUGGCAGCAUCUCAUAUACCUUUGUAACGGAGGGAAUGCACUCUGUCACGGUCCAAGUGUCUUCUGGGAACACCAUACUGCAAGAUACAAAGACAGUAGCAGUUCAAGAAUUUUUCAAAUCGCUGCUUUUGUCUUUCUCGCCCAAUCUGGAUGAGUACAACCCUGACAUUCCUGAGUGGAGACAGGACGUUGGCAGAGUGAUUAAGAAAGCUUUGCUGCAAGUGACUGAAAUUCCAGAGGAGCAGCUUCUGGUUGCAGUGUUCCCUGGUGUACCAACUGCUGCCGAGCUCUUCCUUCUGCCACACAAAAACCAAUCAGAAGGAAGAAAAAAGAGUGAGGAUGAUCUGGAGCAAAUUUCAGAGAUCCUUGUGAGUGCCCUGAAUCAAAAUUUAGUUGAAUUUGAACUUAAACCCGGUGAUCGAAUAAUCGUCUACAUCACACAGUUAACCUUGGCUCCCCUGGUUGACUCCAGCCCAAGACACAGCAGCUCAGCUAUGUUGAUGCUUUUGUCGGUAGUGUUUUUGGGCUUAGCUGUGUUUUUAAUCUACAAGUUCAAAAGAAAAAUUCCAUGGAUCAAUAUAUAUGCAGAAGUUAACCAUGAGAAAGAGCAGGAAAUGAUUGGCUCUGUUAGCCAAAGUGAGAGCACGCCUAAAAUAUCACUUAGUGAGUUCUCAACUCCCAAGGAACUCUUAGAGAAGGAAAUGGAGGCCAGGGUUAAAGGAGGAAUCGGAAAUGUCUGUGAGAGCACAAGGGAAAUUCCAAACUGUACAAGUGUUUAAACAGGGG